CGCUGUUGGUAACAAUCAUCGUUCUUUAAUGAAUUUUGAUAAAUGAUCACUAGCGACACUAGACGAAAUGCUCAAGAAGCGUGUAGAGAUCGGUGCGUUGAAAACUGAAGAAAAAGGUGUAUAAAAAAGUGAAUCGUGAAUUCGUGAUCGUCCAGAGAUACACGACGUCCUAAAAUUAAGGUUAUUUUUUUGCACUCACGAGCCAAAUGAUCAGUAGAUUGGCUGAUUCAUCGAGUCUCAGCCCCGUAUUAAACAUUAGCUGAUAAGUAACGAACAAAAAUAACAAGGUUGGAAGGGUACACUUCAUUUCACACAACUGACACCAAAAUCUACUAUGGCAGAUCUAAGAAUUGGGGAAUUGUCUGGUGACCAGACAGAAAAAGUCCUUCAAUUUCAGGAUUUGACCGGUAUUGAAGAUAUGUCUGUUUGCCAAGAUGUCCUACAUCGACACAAUUGGAAUCUAGAAGUUGCUGUACAGGAACAACUCAACUUGUACGAAGGGAGACCGUCCAUGUACGCGCAAGAUUCACGAUCUCGACCACCUCCAGUCAUUGAUGACACAGGAUUUCGAAUUUACUUUAAUCCUCCAAGUUCUUCAGAAAAUGGCGGGGGAUUAUUUUCAUACAUUUAUACCUUAUGGUGCAAUAUUGUUUCUAGCAUUGGACAACUGCUCCUUGCUAUUUUCAGAACAGAUGUUAGACCUAUAUCCUCCGAUCCCGUGGAAGAUGUAGUGAAUUUCAUCAGAACAUAUGAAGAACGAUAUGGAAACAGUCAUCCUGUAUUUUACCAGGGAUCCUAUAGCCAAGCAAUUUCUGAUGCUAAACAGGAGCUAAGAUUCUUACUAGUCUACUUGCACAAAGACGAAACUCAAGAUAUAGAUCAAUGGUGCAGAAAAACUCUGGGUGAUCCAGAGGUGGUUAGAUACAUUAACACUCGUACACUGUUCUGGGCAUGUAAUGUCCAAUCUGGGGAAGGAUACAAAGUUUCAGAAGCCCUCAGGUCUGGCACCUAUCCUUUCCUCGCGCUCAUUGUUCUUAGGGACAAUCGAAUGACAAUCGUGGGCCGAAUGGAAGGUUCACCUACCCCGUCCGAAUUGAUCCCUCGCCUGCAGACAAUUAUGGAAAACAACGAAAUCGGUUUGAUUCAAGCAAGACAAGAUAGAGCAGAACGCAGCGCGACACAAUCACUGCGUCAGCAACAGGAUGAAGCUUAUGAAGAAUCACUACGAGCUGAUCAAGAGAAGGAUAGACGAAGAGAAGAGGAACGUAGAGCAAAACAGGAGCAAGAGGCAAAGGAACAAGAAGAACUUAAUGCUCAGGAACGAGAGAUUCAAAGAAUCCGUCAGGAGAAAGAACUGACUGUUAGAAAAGUUCCUGUGGAGCCGAACCUUUGCGACCCAAACGUGUGUCACCUACAAAUAAAAGUUGGCGAAAGAACAAUGAAAAGAAGGUUCCUCCUGUCAGAUACGACAGAGGACGUAUAUCAUUGGAUAUUCUGCCAACCGGAUUCGCCGGCGACUUUUGAAAUCACUACCAGUUACCCCAGGAGAAUUCUUUAUCCAGCCAGUGUGAUUAGGACAUUAGGAGAAUCCGGAUUAACGCAAAGAGAAGUGUUACACGUUAAUAAUCUGGACGAUUAACCUGGUCCAACAAACCUACUUACAUUCGCUAUUUUCCGUAUCAUUCCGCGAAAAGAAUGAUCUGACCGGAAGAGACGUUUACUGAAAGAUAAUAUGUCUAUAUAUAUAUAUAUACAAAUAUAUAUAUAUUUGUAUAUAUAUUACACACAUAUAUAUAUUUGAUACAUUCUAGUAUUUUACGUACUACCAAGCAGAUGAUGAACAGACACAAACACUGAAAAAAUGGAGAGAAAUGGUUAUUGGAAAUUUGAAACCAGCGUACUAAAAAGAUUCUCUAAAUACAAUAUCUCUACAGAGGUGCACGAGAUCAAUUAUAAUUAUUGAGAAAUAAAUCUUAUUUUUGCCAUUACGUACAAAUGCAUAUUCAUACAUGAUGUAUUGGUGACCCUAGUCUUCAUUUUGAUAUUGUAUGCUUUUGAAAGAUUACCGCCUUGUAAGUAAAUUCCGUAGGGAUAUAAAUUAAUAAAUUAAAUUUGAAUAGCAA